AUGGCAGCUAGAAAGGGUAAAACGACGGACAAGGUCAAGUCUCUAGAAGAUUGCCUAUCUGAAUUGUCUGUAGCCGAUGAAAAUGUCGUACGAAGUGCUCUUUCUGCUGAACAAGAUCUCAGUAACUUUUCCGCGCAGGUAAAGGAAGAGUUGACGGAGGCACAUAAAGUAGCCGUUCGAGAAUGUAUACAAAAUGCUGAGAAGCUGACAGACCUCCACAAUCAGAUUGUGGCAUGUGAUCAGGUUUUCGAGAGAUUGGAGAAGAUGUUAUUGAGAUUCCAAGAUGACUUAGGGACUAUCAGCGAGGAUAUGAAAAGGCUGCAGGAUCAGUCGGUUUCGAUCAAUCAGGAGCUGGAGAACCGUCAGAAGGUGCGCGGAGAGCUCAGCCAAUUUGUCGAUGAUAUCAUCGUACCGCAAACUAUGAUAAAAGUCAUUAUGGAGGCGGAUGUUAGUGACCGCAGCUUCCUGGAACAGCUUCAUGAGCUGCAACACAAGAUCAGUUUUGUUCGCGCGCAGGAGUUUAAAGAUGCUCGCGCUGUUUACGAUGUGAUGGGC